GGACCUUGUGAGAGUCCCGGGUCAGGGAUCUGGUCGUAUGAAUGCACCCGGGAGUUGGAGAAGGCGGGAUUUCGGCGGAGGAGAGAUCAGUUCCCAAUGCAGCUGAGGGUGGCUGUCCUAGGCGGCGGAGUGAGUGGGCUCGCAGCCUGCUAUUACCUCGCCAGAAGCAGGCUAGUGUCUAAGGUCAUCCUUUUGGAAGGCAGCCAGCGACUGGGGGGGUGGAUUCAUUCUACCCGGACGGAGGAUGGAGCUGUUUUUGAACACGGCCCAAGAGGGAUCCGACCUGCCGGAAUCGUAGGAAGAAACACGCUUCUUAUGGUCUCGGGCCUUGGCCUGGAAGCCGACGUCCUUCCCGUUCCAGGGGACCACCCAGCCUCGAGAAACCGCUACCUCUACGUUGGGGGGGCCCUCCAUAAACUCCCUUCUGGUAUUAGCGGUAUUUUCCAGACUGUGCCUCCGUUCUCCAAGCCUCUAGUCUGGAGUGGGUUGAAGGAAUUGAUGGCCCCUCGUGGCACUGAACCGGAUGAGACCAUCCACGCUUUUGUGGCACGCCGUUUUGGCCAAGAGACGGCUGACAUAGCCAUGGACUGCCUCUGCCGUGGGGUCUUUGCCGGGGACUGCCGCGCCCUGAGCGUCCGUUCCUGUUUCCCAGCGUUGUUCCUUGCUGAGCGGACGCACGGUUCGGUUAUUUGGGGCAUGGCCUUUGCAAGAACAAAAAAGUCUCCGGUGGAUUGCCGGCUGAUCCGCCAGGCCCAGGAAGGACGCUGGAGCCAGUGGUCCCUGCGUGGCGGGCUGCAGAGCCUCCCCGAAGCCUUGGCAUCUUUCUCGAGGGACCAAGGGGUGGAGAUCCACUGCAACGCCCUUGUGAAGCGGCUGGAGAGAACCGCAUCUGGUUCCUGGCAGAUUGCGUUGCAGGAUGGCACCGUGGAGGCAGAUCACAUGAUCAGCGCUUUGCCUGCCAAAGCUCUGGCCGACUUGCUCCCCGCCGCGGCCGAACCCCUUAUCCGAAACCUCCUGGCCAUCCAAGCUGUUUCCGUGGCGGUGGUGAAUCUCCAGUAUGAAAACACGCAGCUUCCCGUGACGGGAUUCGGCCACUUAGUGCCUUCGUUCGAGGAUUGUCCCCUGCUGGGCAUCGUUUACGACUCGGUGGCAUUUCCCGAACAGGAUGGCCGCCGAGGCUCUACCACCCGCCUGACGGUGAUGCUGGGUGGUGCAUGGUUUACAUCCAGCCUUGGUGACCCAGACACAGUUCCUCACACUGAGUUGUUAAGCCGAGCUCAGAAGGCUGUCAAGCAGCACCUUGGAAUCUCUACGGAGCCUGCUCGCUCCAUUGUUAAAGUACAUAAGGCCUGCAUCCCCCAGUACACGCUCGGCCACUGGAAACACAUCGAAAGCACUGCCUUCCACCUGAAGCAGCAGAGUCUGCCCCUUAGCCUGGUGGGGGCUUCCUAUGCCGGUGUCUCCGUCAAUGAAUGCAUCUUCAGUGCCCAGAAGGCAGUGGCUCAGCUCGUGGGCAGUGUCUCCUGAGAACAUGCAGAGUGUCAGGUUCCGGGCUCCCUGGAUCCAGCCACACUCGUUUGCUGACUUCCUGAUACUUGAGGGACGGGCGGGGCAAAAGGCAGCGUAUUCUAGCACAUCGGUGGGUUUGAGCCCCUCUGCAUGCCCUAAGUCCCUGUCCCACCCCCCAAAAUUGUCCCUCAUCUGCAUGGAGGUGGCCCCUAUUAAAAGCCUCUGAUCCAGA